ACCCUUUUCACUUCAAGCAUUCAAAAAUGGCUUCUCACAAACUUUCUUCUUUUGUGUUCUUUCUUUUGUUGGGUAUUGGAGUUUCUUCUGCAGCUAGAACUCUCUUAACUUAUGCUGACGGAGAAUCGGUGAAUAUUCCUGCAUUUGCUUAUGGUGCAGGCAAUGGUGCAGGCGGUGGUAGUGGUGGUGGAUAUGGUCCACUUGGUGGUCAUGGUGGUGGAGGAGGAUAUGGAGGUGGAGGCGGCAGUAGCUAUGGUUCUGAAGGACAAUAUGGUGUUGGAGGCUAUGGAAGUGGAGGUGGAGGUGGAAGUGGAGGUGGUGGAGGAUAUGGUCCUAGUGGUGGGUAUGGUGGCGGAGGAGGCGGUGGGAGUGGCGGUGGUUCUGCUUAUGGUCAUGGUGGUUCUGCCUAUGGAGGUGGGGGAGGAGGUGGUGAAGGAGUUGGUUAUGGUCCUGGUGGUGGUGGAUAUGGAGGAGGUGGUGGGAAUGGUGGUGGAGCCGGCUAUGGUCCUAGUGGAGGUGGAUAUGGUCCGGGAGGAGGUAAUGGAUACGGAGGUGUAGGGUAUGGUGGAGGUGGUGGUAGUGGAGGUGGUGUUGGCUAUGGUCUUGGAGGUGGAGGGUACGGAGGAGGUGGUGGAAAUGGAGGUGGAGCUGGGUAUGGUCCUGGAGGUUCAGGAUAUGGAGGAGGUGGUGGAAAUGGCGGUGGGGCAGGGUACGGUCAUGAAGNUGGGUAUGGUCCUGGAGGUUCAGGAUAUGGAGGAGGUGGUGGAAAUGGCGGUGGGGCAGGGUACGGUCAUGAAGGUGCUGGAUAUGGAGGAGGUGGUGGAAAUGGCGGCGGGGCAGGAUAUGGUCAUGAAAGUGGAGGAUAUGGAGGGGGAGGUGGAAGUGGCGGUGGGGCAGGGUACGGUCAUGAAGGUGCUGGAUACGGUGGAGGAGGUGGAAAUGGUGGUGGGGCAGGGUAUGGUCAUGAAGGUGCUGGAUACGGUGGGGGUGGUGGAAAUGGUGGUGGGACAGGGUACGGUCAUGAAGGUGCUGGAUACGGUGGGGGUGGUGGAAAUGGUGGUGGGGCAGGAUACGGUCAUGAAGGUGGAGAAUAUGGGGGUGGUGCUGGAUAUGGCAGUGGAGGAGGUGAAGGGAAUGGUUCGGGGUAUGGCGGAGAACAUGGAAAAGGCUAUGGCGGUGGUGGUGGAAGUGGCGGUGGUGGAGGAGCAGGAAAUGGGUCAGGAGGAGAAUAUGGCUCUGGUUAUGGAAGUGGAGCAGGUGGGGGACAUGGUGCAGGAGGAGGAAGUAGCGGCGGAGGAAGUGGAGGAGGAUCGGGAUAUGGUGGAGGAAGCGCACCUGGAGGUGCAUAUGGUGGACAUGAAGAAGGCAGUGGGAACGGAGGAGGAGGUGGUAGCGGCCAAGGCGGUGGCCAUGGUGGAUAUGCACCUUGAAAUUUCCUUAUAGAUAUAUAUUAUAUACCAUUAUAAAAGAAACAAAAAGGGCAGAUACAUAUGAACAUUUAUCCUUCUUUCCCUAAGUAUUCAAAAUAUAUAUAUAUAUAAAUUAAAGAUUGGGAAAAGGGGUUAAUUAUAAAAUAUAUGCUAAGAGAAGUGUGAUGUUAAAAUGGGAACUCUUGUAAGUUGGACCUUCCCCUUCUCCAUAUUUUAUUCAAGUAAAAAAUUGUUGGUUCUCUCUUGUUUUGACAAACAAA